AUGGGCCCUAAACGUGGUGGCUUUCGUAGAGGGACUAGACAGUCGUCCCGAGUUAGGGGACGGGAUCCCCCGCCCGAGCAAGAGGAAAUCCCCAUUCCUACACCGGUGCCAGACCCGGUAGAGCAGUCUUUUGUUGGAGGUCCAUCAGGGGCCGCUCCGGCCGUGCCCACUAUGCCGGGAGAUCCCAACUUCCAGCAGACUUUGGAGUUGUUGACUCAGGCUCUAUCCAGGACCGGGCAGACUCGAGAUCUCUCUCUGGGAUAUGCUGACCAAGCUAAGAGAAUAGGGGCCACAGAUUUUGAUGGUGAUGGUGAUCCAACAGUGGCUGAGGAAUGGAUAGAAAGGAUGGAGCGAAUUAUGGACGUGAUGAGGGUUCCCCAGAAUUACAGAGUGGCCCUAGCCACAUUCUUUUUGGUUAGAAAUGCUAGACAUUGGUGGGAAUCAGUUAAGAGGAGAUAUCGGGAUCCAUCGGCCAUCACUUGGCAAUUAUUUCGAGUCGCAUUUGAUAGUCAGUAUUAUCCACUGGCUUACCAGAAUUUGAAAAUGGAAGAGUUUCUGCAGCUGGAGCAAGGAGCGAUGACAGUACUUGAGUAUGAGAAGAAGUUCAAUGAAUUGUCUAAGUAUUGUAUUCCACUAGUAGAGGAUGAAACAAGAAGUGCCAGUUGUUUACUAGAGGGUUAA